GGACCAGUGUCCUCGUACCUCCUGCGCGCUGGACUGGCGCAGGAGACGCCAGGAGGUGGACCGGCCACCGGACCGGGACACGCACCGCCCCCGGAGCCCACCGGCCAGCGGAAACGGCGGAACCCGGGACCGAAGGACGGGCACCUCAACCCUCUGUCGCUGGGCAGUGGGCUGAGGGCGGACAGGGCAGGACAGGCCGAUGGCAGCCUGAGAAAGGUUACAGAGGAGGAACGAAAAUCAAAUCCCAUCAGACAGCGGGGCUUUACGAGCGCAUUACAGAGGGAUCCAGAUUCCCACGGGAUACGGAACUGGAUACGACAGCGGCGCAGCGGGACCACCAAUAUCCCCACGCCACGCGGAAAACCCGAGAGUGGACUUUCCCCGGCGCCACCGUCGAUACCUGCGGAUCUCAUGGCGGCCGAGCUUCAGAUCCCAAGAGUCGACAGCCCCCCAGAAUUCAACAAGACACAGCUGCAGUAUCCCCCACCCAGCCCCGAACGAGGACGAGACGCGCCGCCGCCCUGAUUAUAACGUUGAAAAUGCUGGACACCCUGAACAGCCAAUACGAUUCCUUCCUCUUCUGGAGGCAGCCAAUCCCGGAGCUGGACCUGUCGGAGCUGGAGGGCCUGGGAUUGGUCGACGGGGUGUCCAUCAAGGGCAGCCAGGGCGGGAAGAAGCAGAAGAGCUCCCAGAAUUCCCGGCAGUGGGAGGAGGAAGAGGACGAGGGGCUGUCCAAGUACAACACUUUCAACUACUGGAGGGAGCCCAUCAUCGCCAGCAUCGACACUCUGGACUUUGACCUGCUGUGAUGGCCGUCUCCCCAGACACUGCACACUGUCCACCUGUAGCUUAAAGCACCUUCCUGAAGUUUUUGGCCUGCUCUUCCAGGAGUCGGCAACCUUGGUGCUUCCAUUCCAUUCUGAGUCCUGCAUGAUCUGUGAUCAAUAGUCAAUGAAGCAGUUAAAAGUUGUGGUUGGAUCAAAGCUCUGGAAUGGGACAGCCAAGGUUGCAUAACGUUAGUGAAACAACCGAAUGCUCAUGAAGUCGUUUGAGUAGGAAGUCCUUUGGAAUUCAGCCGGUAGAAUACAAGGAAAUGUAGGGAAUCCCAGAUACAAGGGCUGCACAUCCCUGUAGGAUUGCCUGUCCGUGUCCUAUGGGGAGUGUCGACAGGUUUUCCAGGGAUUUUUAAAGCAGCAGCCCAUUCAGCCUGGAGAGAAGCUGCUAAAUUGGUCUUGACCGCAGCCCUCCAGAACCAGGACUGAGCACUGUUCCUAUACGAGAUGUGAAGAGUCAGUGUUUGGAGUUGAACAUUGCAGUGAGUGCAGAAUCUGUCGGAGUCGAAGUGCGAGAGACGCGUUUUAGCAAGCCAAAAACCUCGGCAAGGGCUGUGUUAAACUAUAGGUGGAUGGUGUUUUGAUUUCAACUUGGAGCCACAGAAACAACAGCCAUUUAAUUUAUUUCAAUGUUUGUUUAUUUAAUGUUUCAAGUAUUUGUUUAAUAAUGCUGCUUUAGUCUGCUCUUAGCAGGCCUAUAACUGAAAUGAAUGCAUUCACGGCUCUUGAGCCUGAUUGGCUAUUGCUGCUGGACAUCAGCCAAUCAGGUUCCAAGACUGGAAUAAGUCUGCUGGGUCAGGUUUGAGGUGAACUUUCACAAUGCUGUAUCUCUAAUUUCAAUUAGAAAAGAGAAAAAUGAGGUUUGAAAUUCAUGAUUACUGCUCUGGAAUGUUUUGGGCUUCCUCGAAUUAUGGAAUUAUGAAUUAUGGCACAAUUUGAUUUAAGCAGGAGGCCUUUAAUUGGAAGAUCGUAUAACCAGAUUGUAAAAGAUGAAAACCAUUUUUAGUGUCAGAUGACGAGAGGGCUGUUAACUAAGGGUUUUCCCCUGCCAUAUUAAAAAAAAAAGUAUUUUGAUUGUGCCAUAUAAGAAAAGAACAACUUGGUGGGUGUUUUCUUAGUUGGAGCUAAAUGUGUUCAAAGCUGUCCUAUCCAUGGCUUGGGAACUAUUUUAUGCAAAAUAAUUAAAAGCUACUGUGUGAAAAAGAUGAAGUCAAAAUGUUGUAAAACUUGAGUACUUAUAUAAAGAGGAAGGGAUCAUUUGAAUGCAGUGCUAGUUUAAAGGAAAGGUACUGUAUUUAGAUUCUAAAUUUGAAAAGGGGGGACAAAGUGGGGUACAUUUGCUUAAAAUCCUUUGUAAACAGAGGCUUGCCUUUAACUAUCUCUUUAAAAUGGGCACUGAAGUCAGCCUUGCCCUUGUUUCAUGUUCAGCGUUGAACGGGGACACUGCACACGUUUGCACACAUGUAUGCAGUGUCUGUUAGGGUGUGGUAGACUGACGCUGGAGCUGAUGCUACCUUGUGGGCUAAUUCUGUCAGAUCUCCAGCCAGUUACUGCUGGACGGGCGGACUGUGGGAAACCAGCUGGCCGCAGUAGGUCACGCUGGUGGACCAGGGGGUAGGCCAGUGGGCCAGUAGCAGCCCUGUGGAGAGGGAACAUAAGCUGUUUUUCUCCUGGCUACAGUACCCUAUAGCCAGAGGGAGCCAUAGUGCGCAGGAGGAAGGGGACUUUCCCCAUUGGUGACAGGACUGGGGAUGAUCUAUCUGGUGCCCAUUCCAGAAGGAAUGCCCUGGCUGAUCCCAUGAUCGGUUUAAGUCUGCGUGAUCAACUGUAUCCGUCACCCCAACCUGUGUGUAUUUAUAGAAGGCUGUCAGAUUAUAGUGUUUGAGUGGCAACGAGCAAGUACACAGCUGUAAGCUGGCCCAGUACUUCCAGUAGGAUGCGUGUUGUUGCAGCUAAGCUCCCCAUUCGUUAAUUAAAUAAUUACUUACUGGGUUGUUUUUUAUUCUAUUUUAAACGUUGAACAACCCGAAACAAGCGGAGGCAGUUCCGUUUAAUAACGGGAACCUCAUGGUCGGCACCCCUGAGCUGAACGAGUCUGGUUGGACUGUGGCCAGGAGGCGAGACCGGUACCAGAGUUGCUCUGAGCUGCCAGAGCGGACCAGCACCGCGGUUUCCCCAGCACCGCUCCAUGCGCCCCCAGCGGCUGCUGGUUUGUGCUCCAGCUGAGCUCUUGGCUAUUCAGUUAGACCCCACAAUUAAAUCAUUUACUCUCUAGGUUUUCUAUUCGGGCCUGUUUUCAGUGCCGGCACGGUCUUAAGAUUCUGAUUUGCUCGUGGCGAAGGGCAGGCAACGUGGCGGCUUCGCCCACUUCCUCACCAGUCACCAGGCCAGGGCCAAUUAACGAGAUCGCUGGUUUAAUUAAGGGUCCGGCAAAGCUACCAAGCCCCGACGUCCUUCCAGGGACCAGAACCACAAACACCUCCUGGCUUUUGUUCCAAUUGAGCCUUUCUAGUAGAUCUAAUAAUAGGAACAAGUACCAUGUUUAUUCCCUGCUGAAAAGAGAAGAAUGAAAACGUUUCGGCCGUGGAGCCUUCUUCAGUGCGAGGUCUUCUUUCUUCAGCAUGGAAUAGACCUACAGUAAUCCUUGUUCCUUUGCAGCCUACGCCUGCUGACGCAGCUCCCCAGCUGAUCUAAUACCAGGUUUCAUUCGAAUGCUUCAACCGAUUUCGGUCACUAACGGGUGGGAGGUCACCUUGAAUGUUUUUUAAGCACCUCGAUAUCUCCAGCCCUGGAAUGGGAGGGGAAGACAAAUCUCUCGAGAGAUUCUUAGCCAGGGGGCCCUGUUGGUUCGGUUCAAGGAGGGGUUGAAGCAAAGAGCUCAGCUGCAAUGAAAACCAGGAGUGUGGGGGAGCCCCCCCCCAGGCCUGGGAAGGCUUGUUUUUAUGGUGAAUCACACUUGUGGCGUUCAUGCGCCUGAUUUUCCAACUCUCUUAAGGUACCAGGGGCCUUGAAGAGCUGAGAAGCUGUAAAUUGGCCCCUUUAAGCCAGUAUUAGUGGUUUUUAUUAAGAGUGCAGGUGCAAAGAAAACCUGUGGGCAUAACAGCCUUCUUGAUGAAUGUCCAGAAUACAAAUGACAACAGUAAUCCGCAUCAGCACUGUUGAAGAUGCUCAUUCUGGAAAGCCUAAACACAAAAUGUCAAGUCUUUGAGGGCUACAGACCCAGUAUUGGCAGAAUAAUCACUGUUCAGUAUUGCAGUUUCAUUUUGUUCCACCUGCAUGAAAUGUUCUGCUUUAAUAAAAAUCGCCAUGUUAUCACUGCG